AUGGUUCUCUACGACUCUCUGAUCAAUUUAUCCAGUCCUUGCCAUUACAAUUUGGUGGUGGAUGCGUGUACGAGCUCGUCCGAGACGCGUCGAAGGAGAAACCACGGGAGAUAUGAGACGAGGGUUUCGCGUUACGAGAAGGAGAGAAAAAGCUCACUCAUACAAAAGCAGACACCUUCUCUUGGCGCCGCCUCCAUCAAUCUCAUUGUAAUCAUGAUCAUAUCAGAGAAGAAUCGCCGUGAGAUCUCCAAGUACCUCUUCAAAGAGGGUGUUUUGUUUGCGAAAAAAGAUUUCAAUCUGCCGCAACAUCCUUUGGUCGAAGGAGUUCCGAAUCUGCAAGUUAUUAAGUUGAUGCAGAGUUUCAAAUCCAAGGAAUAUGUGCGUGAGACAUUUGCUUGGAUGCAUUACUACUGGUUCCUCACUAAUGAAGGCAUUGACUUUUUGAGGACUUACCUUAAUCUUCCAUCUGAGAUUGUUCCUGCUACUUUGAAGAAGAGUCAGAAGCCUCUUGGCCGACCUAUGGGAGGCCCACCUGGUGACCGACGUGGCCCACCUCGUUUUGAGGGAGAGAGGAGAUCUGGUGACAGAGAUGGAUACCGUGGAGGUUCAAGAUCAGGUGGAGAGUUCGGUGACAAGAGUGGAGCUCCUGCUGAUUACCAGCCAUCCUUCAGGGGACCUGGAGCUAGGCCCGGAAGUCUUCAGAGAGGAGGAUUUGAUACUCCAUGUCCGUGGAAGUCAGUCUAUUAG